UUUGGAUUCUCCCCCAAGAGUUCUCAGGAAGUUUGGGGGAGGGGCGAGCCGCCCUCUCCUGCUCCACCGCGCGGGAGGGUGCAGAGGGACGAUUGCAGCGGCGGGUCUCGGAGCUGUCACGUUCCGCCCAAGGGCGGGCUCGGGUGCUCCUGGCGGCGUCCGCCGGGCGCAGGCGAGGGGCCGCGGGCAGAGCGCGCCGGCCGGCAUGGAGGGACUGGUGCUGCUCAACGCCCUGGCCACCCGCCUGCUGUUCGUGCUGCACUCGCUGGUUGGGGUCUGGCGAGUGACCGAGGUGAAGAAGGAACCGUGGUACUGGCUGCUCGCGCUGCUCAACCUCCUGCUCCUUCUGGAGACUGCGCUUACCCUCAAGUUCAAGCGCGGCAGAGGCUACAAAUGGUUUUCACCAGCCAUAUUUUUAUAUCUGAUUAGCAUCGUUCCAUCAUUAUGGCUUCUUGAAAUGCACCAUGAGACCCAGUAUUGCAGUAGCCAAUCUGAAGGAAUGUCACAGAAUACCAGCAGCAAAGAAGACUUCAAUCAAACUCUGAUGUCACAUGAACAAACCAACAGAGCAGAUGAUAUCAUUAAGACGGCCAGAGUUUUUGUAAAUAACUUAUCCACAGUAUGUGAGAAAGUUUGGACUUUGGGCCUCCAUCAGACGUUUUUGUUAAUGUUAAUAAUUGGAAGAUGGCUUCUACCCAUCGGAGGCGGGAUCACUCGGGACCAGCUCUCUCAGCUUCUCCUUCUGUUUGUGGGAACAGCUGCUGAUAUACUAGAGUUCACCAGUGAUACCCUAGAAGAACAAAAUGUGAGGAAUAGCCCUUCACUGGUCUAUGCCAUCCUUAUUAUUUGGACCUGGAGCAUGCUGCAGUUUCCACUUGACCUGGCAGUCAAGUACGUCAUGUGCCCCUUGUCUGUGACAUCGAGGGGGUUCCCCAGCCUGUUCUUUUGCCAAUACAGUGCCGAUCUCUGGAACAUUGGAAUCAGCAUCUUCAUACAAGAUGGUCCCUUCCUUGUCGUGCGUCUCAUACUGAUGACCUAUUUCAAAGUGAUAAACCAGAUGCUGGUGUUCUUCGCUGCGAAAAAUUUCCUUGUGGUGGUGUUACAGCUCUACCGCUUGGUGGUGCUGGCAUUGGCUGUCCGUACUUCCUUCCGAAAUCAGCGAGGAGGCCUGAAAGAACAGCACAGCUGCCUAGGUGGCCCAGCUGCGAGUGGGGCAUCUCCUGGGGACUGGGAUGGUGGUUCUAAGGAGGGCUUGGCUAUUCCUUUGCAGGCCUUGCCAGACACCUCAGAUGACUCUCACCUCACACCAUAGUUAUUUAUUGACAGCAGCAUGCAACUAGAACAUUCGACUUUCUGGUUCUUCUUACAGACAGAAUCUCCCUCUCUCCCUCUCUUUUUUUUUUUCACCUUGGCAUAUAAUAAUUUUCAAAAGAACAACAUAAAAAGUGAUCUUAAACCAAAGCUUAGGAAUUUUCUUUUUCAGCUGAAAGGAAAGAACUUUGAUUAGCGGCUCUGGCAACAACUUCUGUGUGAUGGUAUCAGAUGUUACAGUUGUUCAACGACUAAGUGAUUUGUUUGUCUUGAACUGUUUGAAAAGCUAUGGACAGGGUUACAGUGACAUGCCCUCAAAAGAUUUAGUGCAGACAAACUGUCGCGGCUGUUACCUGAAAAUAGAGAAGCUUUGAACUUCGGCUCUAUUGUCAGACUAUCUCAUCUGAUCUUUUCUGCAAUGUCCCUCUGACAUCAAAAAAUGUACAUUCAGUGAAUGCAGAACAAAUGAAGGGAAAAGUGCCUUUAAAAUUACCUCACUGUGGGCUGGAAGCAGUGAAAAUCUCUGCUUAGCUUCCAUAGCAUCGAGAGCCUUCUUCAUCGCUGCACAGACCUUCCCAGGAAAAUCAUUUUUCUGGGCUGAUGUGGUAUUCUGUCAUGGCGCAUAUGCUCUUGCAGAAAUUUUAUUGCUUUUGGCUUGGGCAUUGCAAAAUUCACAGCAAGCCAUUUCGGUUACAGAUCUACUGGUUGCGAGGCAGGAAAUACUGGUAAUGCUAGCAAAGUCACAAUUUCCACCUAGAACAUGAUUUGCGGUAUUCGUCAGUAUUUUUCUCAACUCCACUUUACCGUCUUCUAUAUUGCCAAGUCGAAUUAUGUGGGUUGAUGUAAGGAAGCACCGAAGCAGUGAAAAAAGGUGUUUCAGGCCCUUUAAGUGUUACCAUAGUUUCUGGGGUCUGCCAGCAGUCGCUGGAACUCCUCUGAACUGCCACUACUGGAGACAGCCUGUGGUCUCAGGGAAGACGUUGGUAAUGGAGGCUCGCAUCAGCCCUGUCCACGGCCAACAGCCCUUGAUUAGUGACGGGGGUCAGAAUAUGCCCCUGCAUUGUGGAAGUCAGGAAAUUGGCUUUUCUUCCCUGCAUUAAGAUUUCAUUUCCCCAGUAUUGAAAUAGCCAUACUUUUCUUUUGUACUUUCCAGACGGAGGUGAUUCAGAACCUUUUAAAAUGAUUUUUGCUUUUAAAGAUACAAUGUGAAAAUUUCCCUGGCUAUCUAGCAGUAAUUAUAUGAGGCAAACAGUUCCAAAACUGUUCUUUUGGGAUUCAAAGCAUAUUUCCUCGUUAUUAUUAUGCUCAGGAAUUCAAAGGGACAUUAAAGGUAAGGCAGGGUAUGACCUUACAUUGGGUGUGACCUAUUGACAACCAACUGGAACAAUUUUAUCUAUAAAUCUGUGUGAAAAGAUAUCUGUUCAAAACAUGUGAUAAAAAGUUUCAUAGGCAAAUUCUGUUUUUAUACAGAGAAAUUAAUAUUUUCCAACUAAUGGCUUCUUCAGUGCCUGAUAUUAUAUGUUUCUAUUUCUUUCUUUUCUUCCUCGUGUUUCUAAUUUUAACAAUAUGAUGAUAAAAUUACACAUGAAACUAAUGGAAUACAUUUAUAA